ACAGAGAGAGAGAGCCCACAGUCACCAUCCUCUCCUCCUCUUCCUCCUCCUCCUCCUCUUCCACUCCCUCUCUCAGCUUCCAUAUCUUCCAGCACACGCUCACAAUCCUUCCCUCUGAUGCCGACUGGAUACAGACCGGGGGAUUUCCAGCAGCUUCCUGAGUCCAUCCUUCCUCUCCUCCCUCCUCCUCCUUUAACAUCCGGAGCUUCUCCUUUUUUCUGCCUCCUCUUUUCUCCUGCUCCUCACCACCAGGAUGUGGCACUCGUUGGCUCUGCUGCUCUCUGGAUUCUCGGCUUUGAUCCACGUGUCAAUGCAGGGUCCUCACCAGAGGACCCUGCUGAAGAACCUCCUGAAGGACUACAAUCGGAUGGAGCGGCCGGUGGGCAACGACUCCCACCCUCUCACCGUUGUCUUCUCCCUCAGUUUGAUACAGAUCAUGGAUGUGGAUGAGAAGAACCAGGUGCUCACCUCUAACAUUUGGCUACGGAUGGGUUGGUUCGACCACUAUCUCCAAUGGAACCAGAGCGAACAUCCCGGAGUGAAAAACCUCCGCUUCACCACAGAUCAGGUCUGGACACCAGACAUCCUGCUCUACAACAGUGCAGAUGACGACUUUGACUCUACCUUUAAGACCAAUGUUCUGGUGAACUCCAGUGGCUAUGCUGAGUAUCUGCCUCCAGGAAUCUUUAUGAGCACAUGCAACGUGGAUGUUCGCUGGUUCCCUUUUGACAUCCAGAAAUGUGAGCUAAAGUUUGGCUCCUGGACGUACGAUGGCUGGCUGCUGGAUCUCCAAAUGAACGAUGCUGACAUUUCAGCCUACAUGCCCAAUGGAGAGUGGGACUUAGUUGGAGUUCCCGGCAGCAGAAGCGAGGCCUUCUACGAGUGUUGUAAGGAGCCUUACCCAGAUGUGACAUUUGUUGUGACAAUACGGCGGCGGACGCUCUACUAUGCCCUGAACCUGCUCAUCCCCUGUGUGUUGCUUUCUUCGAUGACACUGCUCAUCUUUGUGCUGCCAGCUGACUCUGGGGAGAAGAUCUCACUGGGUAUCACAGUCUUGCUGUCUCUAACUGUUUUCAUGUUGCUGGUCGCAGAGAUCAUGCCAGCCACAUCGGACUCUGUCCCUCUUAUAGGUCAGUACUUUGCCAGUAUAAUGAUCAUCGUUGGGAUGUCAGUCAUUGCCACAGUGGUGGUUCUGCAGUAUCAUCACCAUGAUCCAAAUGGAGGAAACAUGCCAAAAUGGGUGCAGCUCGUCUUGCUGCAGUGGGUAGCAUGGUUCUUGCGUAUGAAGCGGCCAGGAGAGAAUGACGACCCGGAGCGUCCCCCAUGUGCCCCCCACUUGCGGCGCUGCUCCUCGGGCUCCCAUAGUGGGAGCAUCCCAAACCCUCCGGACCCCACCCUCCAUCCGUUGCACCCACAGAACCUGGCUCCUCUCCAAACAGGGCCCCUCCAUGCGGGGCAUCCUCACCUCCACACCCAGUCCAGCGCUAACAAUAACGGGAACCUUCUUUUCAUGGGCUACCAGAGCAUGGAGGACCCUUCACUGCUCUCAGAGCCUCUCCAGAGGAAUAACAUCUCCACAGGGCCUCCGCGGGUGGCAGGAAGCCCACCUCCGCACCUUCCAUCUCAGUUCUGCAGCUCCCCACCACCUCCUACCCCCAAUAUGGAUACUGUAGGCUGCCCCAGCACUGUCUCCAGUGGUGGAGGCUUUGGAGGUGGCACCGGAGGGCUUGGAGGGUGCUCAACUGCGGGGAUAGGAGACCCCCAGCUUCAGGCCAUCUUAGAGGAAGUGCGUUACAUGGCAGACCGUUUUCGGGAGCAGGACGAGACGGAGAGUAUGGCCGACCAGUGGAAGUUUGCAGGCGCUGUAAUCGAUCGUCUGUGUCUAGUGGCUUUCAGUGUUUUCAACAUCAUAUGCACCAUCUCUAUCCUUAUGUCUGCUCCCAACUUUGUGGAGGCUGUUUCAAAGGACUUUGUUUAAAAGCAAAGAGGGAAAAGGAGGAGAAGAGUUAAGGAAAGGAUGAGGGGAAUUAAAUAUAGGAUGAAGGAUGGAGUAGGAUUGGAUCCAAGGAAACACAAUUUCCAGUGGACUGUAGGCUCUGUGAUUUGUGCUUGCAAGGAACCUGGAUAUAAAAAAAACACACAAAUGGUUUUCUUUGCAAUACAUUUUGUUUUGUAACUGAAAUAUAAGAAGAAAACAGAUGAGGAAGGAGGCACAAAGUGAGUUUAAAAGGAGAUUGGGGUGAGCAGGGUGCUUCAUCAGAUUCUUAACAAGGUGAAAUGGAUUCUUGUGGUUAAUUCAAAUACUUUCCUCCCAAAUUUAGGGGAAAGAAAGAGUCAGAAAGAGAAAAAGAAAGAUUUUCAGUCUAAUGCAACCUCAAGUAAGAAAGCUCUUAAAGUAAGGAAGAGAUUGAGAGAGUAAGAUGGGAAAAGAUACAUAUAUAAGAUAGAUAGGCACAGAUAGAUGAGACAGAUAUUUGGCUGUUUUAUUUUCUUGAGGAAAAAAGAUCCUUCACUCCUACAUGUUGAGAACGGACUUCAUCAUUUAAAGUGAUGUGAGGAGAGGGCAGGGAAAGGAGAAAGAGACUUUUUAAAGACAACAAAGAGCAGCAGUAAAAGGAUGAGAGUUUAUCCCUUGUGACAUUGACAAAGUUAGGCAGAGUAAGCAGCUUGAUGCUCAGAUAUACAGAAGCGGACCGAAGAUCAGAAGGUGGAGAGGAACAGAAGAGGAUCUCAUUUAUUAUUUGAUCACAUCCAUCUAUUGAGCGUCAAAUUAAAAGACCUUGGAUAAUCGUUAAGACUAAUAAGCUUUAAAAAUGAAUGAUGAAGUACCCUCUGUACGCGCAAACCACUUUAAAUUUCCAAGGCCUUAUCUCUUUGAGACGAUUGCCAAUCUGCAACAAUCAGCAGAGAUCAAAAACUCCUCAGCAGCGGGCACAGUGUGCAGUGCUUAUCGCGACUGGGAAACUGAAUUAACCGGUCAUCAGCGACACAAUGGCCAGUAGCUGCACCACAGUGGAAGCUUGAGCCAAUAAUAACUCAUAAAGCAGUUACCUAACUGUAUCUGGCAGGUCCUAAUAGACCAACGGAUCUUAUUGGAUUUCAUAUUAAAGGUUUAAUAACUGAAAUGGGAGGUCAGGUCUUCAAAAGAACAUGAAAGGCACAAAAGAGGGAAAAGAUCAUUCAAAGUCCCCGAAUUUAUAUGGAGAAGCAACAUCCCAUUAAAUUUAUGUCAGAUGCCUUUAGGGGUUUAUAGCUUCAUGAGGGAUUUCACAUCUUUCUAAAAUGAAAGAUGAAAUUCUAAUGGAGCCGUUUUUUCAUGAAUUUGGGUCCAGUUGAAAAAAGUGAGGAUUUAAAAGGUUUAAAUUCAAAAUACAAAUUCAGCUGCAGAGCAUCUAUAGAAAAUGGUAUCCAAUAAACAAAAUCUGUCUUUAAUUAGUUUGGGUUUGAGGGAAUUUGACUUUCUUGUGUUUCUGAUAGCUGUGUGAAUGUGUUGAAUGCAUGGUUAGCCUAGCUUAGCUCAAUUUAUGGUUACAUGUUUAAAUGGGUUAAAAUGUUAAGUGUCAAGUUUUCCAGGUGUCAAGGAUGGCUGUCAUGUUAUAAUAUGCAAUUAACAAUUUACAGGGAAAUUAGAUGAAUUUAGAUUACAUCAAACUUCCAAUCUACUUUUUACUUACUUACUUUGGCUGUGGUCAAAAUCAUUUCCGUUUUACUAUAUAGUGUUUCUUAAAGGAGAAUUUCGGUUGAUUUCAACAUGUAGCUCUGUUGUUUAUAAAUUUCGAGUACUGUCAGUAGAGAGAAAAACGAAAACAAUUGGUGCUGCCCACACCGGGUUAUCCUCCUGCUAGAGUUAGCUCCAAACAGUCUUAAACAGGGCAAGUUGUUAACGUGUUUUAGCCUCUUAACAUGUUCAAAAUAUCAUUAAAUGUGCCUACCCAUGUGCAGGGAUUUCUUCCGCGUGAACACAGUGAAUCUGACUGCUGUGUAUGUGACAAAAAUGCAUAAAAGUUGUGUUAAUUCAGCUGCAUUUAGUUCCAGUGUUGAGACGGCAGUUAGAGAGCUUAGGGACCGUCUACAAACUACAACACCAAAAAGAGAGAAAACAAAAAUAUGUAGGCUAUCAAUUUAAUGGUUAAAUAAGGUAGUGUCUCUAAAUCUCAAUUAUAAUGUGUCUCCUGAUAGUACUUACUUAUGAGCAAAAAAUAAGCAUAUGCUUAUUUUUGAAAAUAUGUUUGUAUCUCUUUUCGGUGUUGUAGUUUGUAGACGGUCCUAAAGCACUCCUUGCAUCAUCAACAUAGUAAAUACACAGAGCUGAAUUAGCCCAACUUUCAUGCGUUUCUUUCACAUCUACAGCAGUCAUAUUCGCUGUGUUCACUCGGAAGGAAUCACUUUACAUGGGUAGGCACUUUUAAUGACAUUUUGAACAUGUUUAGAGGCUAAAACACAUUUAAAAUGUGCCCUGUUUAAGCCUGUUGGGUGCUAACGCUAGCAGGAGGAUAACAUGGUGUAGGCAGCACCAAUUGUUUUAGUUUUUCUCUCUACUGACAGUACUCCAAAUUCACAAACAACAGAGCUACAUGUUGAAAUUGACUGGAAUUCUCCUUUAACACUAACCCACAGUAGAAUGUCUUUGGCAUGUAACUUGUGGCACUAUUACAAAGGUAACAGUGAAAGAGUUAAUAAGUGAGGGAUUUUGGACAGGGUUAUAUGAAAAAGAUGAGUCAUGUACAAUUCAGCACAAGUAAUUGCGGAGUCUCUCAAUGCUUACCUGAUUCCGAGAUACUGUCACAUUCUCUUCAAUAUUAGUUUUCAUGUGGAUACAGCUAUUGUGCAAAGCCACUGAAAAUAAAUAUAGAAAUGUAAGAAAAAAUAGUUCCAACUAUAAAAAUUAAAAUAAAGUGUUUUGUGCAAACGUGGCAGUAGUUUACUGCGUUAUGCACAUGCAGGUGCCAACCCUACAUACUGUAGCCCACACACAUAGCACAUCUGGUAAAAACAAAUGUUUCAGCAUUAAACACUGUAUAAAGUUUGUUUUGCACUUUGCAUUUGAGUGUCAGAUACCCGUGAAUUGAGCAAAGCAAGCUGGGCUCACUAUUCAACCAUACAUUCAAACUAUAAGCUGAGACAUAAAGAAGUUAUCCCUCAGUUUGAGUGUAGUUGGAGAAAGACCUCAAACAAGCCAAGUCAAAGGAUAAAAAGUUACUCUAUUUUUUUAUAUUGUCAAUAAAUCCCAUUAAAAAAAACUAAUCCUACAAUAUGUUUCUUCUGUAUCUUAAUACUUUCCCACACUAGCUAAGUUUCCAUCCACUUGUCAAUCGAAUUAUCUGAAGUUCGGUAAAAACAACUCAUGCGAAUAAAGCCAGUGAAAGUGUGUUUCCAUCCAACGGCUUUGAAGCGAAUAAAAACCUGUGGAUAAUGAGGUCACAUGCUGUUUUGCGGUCUGUUUGGUGUAUCAAAUUGAUUUGAGACAUUUUAUGGUUUCCAUUCAUUUUCGCACUGAAUCGCACAACAUUCAAGCAAACAUUUGCAAACUAAGUUUUGCUAGACAAAAUAGAAUGCGCCGUCUACCUACAUAUGAGUACUAAUGGCAGACAUAAUAGGGUUUAUGUGCCAGCUGAUAGCGACAUAUCAACCUAUAAUAAGAAAACAACAAUACUAUAAACACAUUGCUAUGAUGACGCAGAUGCAAAUGCAUGAACGUGUGGAUGUAAACAUAGCUUCUGUCUACGGCACACAGACUCAUUUGUUCCUAACAGUUCACAAACGUAUGUCAUUUUCUAAAACAGCUGGGCACUGUAGUUUUUAUCAAACAUUAGUCAAACAAGAGUAAAUAGUGCAUUUGCUGGAAUUAUUUUCUGCUGCGGGAUUAAUACACAUUUGGUGCUCCAGUGAGUAUUUACGCCAGCAGGGCGGUGUUUGUAGGAUUGAUUUUAAAUAAACACAAGUGCCAAUUUUUACUGUGAUGAAGGAACAUUUUACCCAGUACAGAAAUGUGUCUCUUUCAUGUGUAUUUGUUAUUUUUAAAACAAUGGAGGUCUAUGGCACAGAGGAACAAGCUAUUUCAGGCUUUGGCUACACAGACAACACUUGUUUAAUGGUUGGUUUUGGUAUUUUACUGGGAUUUGAUGACAAUAAGAAAAAUAUAUAAUUUUCGCAGCCUGAUCCUUAUUGGAAAUCUAUCAAUGUUUGCUUUAAGAUCCAAUCGGACAAAAUAUGUUUAUUACAUUCCUGACCUAUACCCUUCCUGACCACUGUCUCUAGUGGCUAUGCACAUGUAUUAUCUCACUGUGAAUGGCCACAGAGUGCAGAGACAGUUGUACAAAUAAUUUACCUCUAUACCUUUCUUCAUCUUCUGUCUUCUCUCUCUUUCUCUCUAAAGUUAAGUCUCCUAGCAGGCGGAAAGUAAACUUCCUGCCGGGAGGUUUGUAGAAGGAUGUUCUCCUUCCAGCACAUGCUAACACCUAAACACUCACAUCUGUACAGAGCAUUUCUCAUCCUGAAAAUAAAGGAUUCUCUCUUUUUUCUACCA